ACCAGUGUGUGUACUCUAAACACUUCCACAGCUCCACUGCUCCAGGCAUUGAGGGGUGCGCUUUAAGUUUCUCGAAGCCAAAAAAAAGAAAAAAAAAAACAGGGGGUUGGGGGGGGAGGAAGAAGAAGUCGGCGGAGAAGUCACAAUGGCCGCCGACUUCUCCUCCGUCCAUCUUCUCCAUCUCUUCGUCCUCAUUAUCUCAACAUUCUCCGGCUUCUUCCCACGUCUCGUCGAGUCGCAUCCCGCCAUUGUCGACCUGCAGUGGCACCCGGCGACCGCGACGUGGUACGGGAGCCCCGACGGCGACGGAAGUGAUGGUGGGGCGUGCGGAUACGGGACGCUGGUGGACGUGCAGCCAAUGCGGGCGCGGGUGGGGGCGGUGAGCCCGGUGUUGUUCAAAGGCGGCGAGGGGUGCGGGGCCUGCUACAAGGUGCGGUGCAUGGACCCGUCCCUCUGCUCGCGGCGGGCCGUCACCGUCAUCGUCACCGACGAAUGCCCCGGUGGCUACUGCGCCUUCGGCCGCACCCACUUUGACCUCAGCGGCGCCGCAUUCGGCCGCAUGGCCGUCGCCGGCAACGGCGGACGGCUACGCGACCGCGGCGAGAUUUCCGUCGUCUACAGAAGAACGCCUUGCAAGUACAGAGGAAAAAACAUAGCUUUUCAUGUGAACGAAGGCUCGACAAAUUUUUGGUUGUCGCUUCUGGUGGAGUAUGAAGAUGACGAAGGAGAUAUUGGAUCCAUGCAUAUACAACAAUCGAACUCGGUUGAAUGGUUGGAGAUGAAGCAUGUUUGGGGAGCUACUUGGUGCAUCACUGCAGGACCUCUUACGGGCCCCUUCUCCGUCAAGAUCACCACGCUGUCCACACAACGUACGCUCACGGCCCGUGAUGUGAUUCCCAGGAAUUGGUCUCCCAAGGCCACCUACACGUCUCGCCUAAAUUUCACUUAACUCCGAAAAAUUCACGGGCACUAGCUAAUGAGUGUCCAAAAUCUACUACCAAGCAAGAAGAAAAAGUAGCCGUUACUAGCCGUUGGGGGGGAAGCAAAGGCAUUCCCCACAAGGCUUAUCUCUAUAUAUAAUAUAGAAACUCCCAUCAUCUUUGAGUUUGGUGGUUUCUGUGUAGUGUUAUAGGGCUUAAGUAAUUUCAUGUGCCCAUGUAGCCCUCUCCAAAUGGGAGAGAGAGCGCCAUUUGCGUAAUUGUGUGUUCUUUUUGGGUCCCAAACUAGAGUGGUGUGUGUAUGUGUGUGAAUGUUUAGUGGAUAUCCUACUCCUUAAUAUGUUCCCCUAAAGGGUUAGGAUUGAGCAUGUAUUUGUUGUUUAGUUUGAAACUUGUAAUGGGCUUUUUCUUGUGCUUUGAUGUGUGGUAAAACUAGCACCAUGUUUAAGUUUGGAAAUAUGUCUCCAUCUAUUGUCUCUGUGACUUGGAUUUUCACAUGUUUAAUUGGGACUUUUGAAUGUA